AUGAACACCACGCUAGAACAGAUCCUUGAUAUCGAAGAUGCUCUCGUUUCAGACAAGAAUCCAGUGCGCGAUGAGGAUACACUCGAUUUUCAACGCUGCGCCAGAUUGCAAAACUACCUCGUCGCAUAUGCCUACAUGGCCCGCAAUGGAACAAAUACGCCCGAUCUCGACGCCCUAGCCAGCGAGUCAUGGUUCUUCAACCAGCCGAACGAGAAUAUUGACGCCGUUCGCGCUCGGCUUGACCCAUCAUUAAACUCAUUCCUUGAUUCAAUCUAUGAUCUGACGCCGGGAUUCUUCUACUGGGUGAGCAGUCUCCGAAUGGAACUUGCCGACGAGUAUUUCCCCCUUGAAGACAACGAUUUCGAGGAUAAAGAGCGGUUUGUGGUCAUUUACCACACAACUCCCGACCUAGGCUCCCACUGUCUUGGUGUUCUCUACGACCAGCUGAACCAUCGUGCCUCAUUCCCAUUGACCAUCGAGAAUUCAGAAAGUAUCGAGCCUGUUGCUGAACAUUGGGAUAUGUGGUUUCCUCUAGAGACGAUUCUUACCCAAUGGAUCCAUAUGCUCCGAAUGGGAAAAAUCACGGCCGAUCCACGGAACGAGAGAGACUUGUCCGAUGAAGAAGCGAAUUCGCGACAUCAAAUUGGAUUAUGGUGUUGGCACCCAUACUGCGCUGCUCAGAUUGAUAGUACGGUUGCUGCGAUGGACCGCUACACAGACGCGAUCGAAUCACGCAUGCAGUCUCUUUUGCCAAUAUCCCGGAAUGCACCAUUUUUUACUGAUGCAGAGCUCGAUGCGGCUUUAGUGCCAAAGGAGUGCUUUAUUCGGUCUUUUCUGACCCGAGCGAGGACCCCACGUUUUAAGCUAAUCGCCCCCGGCCUGGAGGUUCCGCACGACAAGGAAGCCUUCACAGCGCGUCAGAUGUUUAACGCGGAAGGUCAGGGCAGGGAUGUGCCGUCAUUCCUACUCUUUGCAUCUGCGGAUGAUAGCCGCACGAUCAGUUUCAACGAAGAAAUUCAUCGUUUGUUCUUUGGAUCGAGAAAUGAUGUGCCAUUCAACGAAGGUGAUCCUGUUCCCACAGGAUUAUAUAGUGCAACGGUCAAUCGAUUCGAAUACGAUUCUGAAGAAACUGGAUUCCGCCUUCUACUCCCAUUCGCACUACGACCGAAUCUUGCCGACGAGGAUGGAGCUAGGCGGAGUGAUGGAACUCUAGUGUCAUCUGGCUCAUUCACGCAGCUUUUCCAGCAUGGCAUUUUUCACCCGUUUGGCGGAGAGCACCGGGCGCAGAGAUUGGAGAGGCUGUUUGAUCGAUGGACUGAAUUGAUCGAAAGUGGUGUGGGGGCAGUGGGCGAAAAUGGCGUUGAGGGAGGGAUCGAUAUGUUCCAGGAUGCAGAUCAUGGCGCCUGGGAGGAUUACUAG